AUGACAGCAACAGCCAUUAACUCAACUCAAACCACUUCAACAACGCAUAAAAGACAACGUAGAACCGAUACCAGCCAAGAAGUCUCUGCGACAGUGUGUGCUAAUUGUGGCACAACCACAACACCUCUAUGGAGAAGAGCACCUACUGGUGAAACUAUUUGCAAUGCUUGUGGAUUGUAUUUGAAAGCGCGUAACCAAUACAGACCACCA